AUGACGACGGAUCUAGUGACGGUGAAUAUGGAUGUAACCAUGGACGCCACCUUCCUGUCCUAUACCCUUCCUCUGCCGGAUUCUAUUGGGAGUGUUUCCAAUUCUGUAGCUAUUCAUCAUGCAAAUAGAGGGCAAGAUCAUCUUCCUCGUAGUCCUAUGGUUUUUAGGGCACGUUUUGUAAGAGAUUAUGGUACAUUCAUAAAAAUUUACAUAGUUGUGAAUAAUCCAAUUGGGUUUUCUAAGAAUAGUUCCGUCCUGGUUUACAAAGCAGCUCUGGUUGGGAUUUCGGUUUCUAGUUAUCGGUCUUAUACCACAUUAGGUUCAUUUUGUACUCUCAAGGUAGUUGAUAAAGAUAAUCCAGAAUCCAUAGUGUUGAAGGAACAAGUGGCAAGUAUCAAAGAUUGUUGGCAUAAAAACCUGUUGGGGAGUGAUUAUAAUAAUUUUUUUGUGGAUGAAGAAUCUAAGAAAAUGUGUUAUGAGAUUCCCCAUCGUCCAGUCUCUGUUAGGACCAUAAUGAAAAACAAGUUCCCAGGAGGGCUUCCGGAGGAUCUGAUCCUUAAUGUUUUGAGAUCAGUUUUGACUGCUCUCCAAUAUCUUUAUGAACGGCAGAAGGAGAAGAUUAUGCACCGGGAUAUCCAAGCUGGCCACAUUUAUCUCUGUCGUAAUGAAAAUACAAUAUCCCAUCAGUACACAAUCAAAUUGGGGUUUGCAGGCAGUGUUUUUGAUGAGAAUGAUGAAGAAGAAGAAGAAAUGGGACAGCACCCAUAUUUGCCCAUGGCCUCCAUGUCCGAAUGGGGUGCUGCACCAGAAGUGUAUUAUGGCAAUGAUCAACCUUACUCGGAAAAGGCUGACAUUUGGCUCUUGGGAAUCACAGCUUUGGAAUUGGCUUGUGGUGGACUCAAAGUUCCAAAUCGCAAUGCCUUGGAGACAAUAAUCAAAGAUAUUAAACUUCCUCCUUGGAAAGUGGCUACCAAGUUCAAGUAUUAUGCCAAAAAAAUGUUGUCUUCCUCGAAUGUAAAAGAGGUAUUGGUGUUGCCACUUUUGUCGGAGGAGAAUUGUAGGAAGAGUUCAUUAUUAUUAUAUUCAAGGUCUUUCUUCAAGAUGGUGAAGCAAUGCCUUGCUAGGGAUCCAAAAGAGAGGCCUAGUGCGAAUUUGCUCCUCCAGUCCAACCCAUUAUUCCUCAGAGACACCUGGAGUGUGUACGUCCGCGAAAAAGAUAUAUGGAACGUUUUCAUGAACAAAACAUCAUCUUAG